AAGGAAGGAAGGAAGGAAGGAAGGAAGGAAGGAAGGAAUUCAGAUUUACCAAACACUAGACUGAGAGCCUUAGUUACCCAAACAGAUUUAAUAUUUAGAAGCGGGGUGUGGGGCAGCUCCGGGGCCAGGGAUGGCGGCGGCCGCGGUUGCGGGUGGAUCCCGGGAAGCGCUGUGAAAUGGGCUGGCUCCCGAGCCAGCCGGGAGGACACUUACUACAGCUGCUCAGAAGCACCACUGGAAACUCAGAUGUGGGCGCCCCAGCCAGAAGCACAGAGGGGUAUAGGGAAGCUACAGAGAAGCCCCUUCUGAUGCCCCAGGGAGCAAGUUGACUCCUUCCAGGCUCCAGGAAUACCACAGAGCAAUAUGAAACCUGUUCAUGAGAGGAGUCAGGAAUGCCUUCCACCAAAGAAACGAGACCUCCCCGUGACCAGCGAGGAUAUGGGGAGAACUACCAGCUGCUCCGCUAACCACACACCCUCCAGUGAUGCUUCUGAAUGGUCCCGAGGGGUUGUGGUGGCUGGACAGAGCCAGGCAGGAACCAGAGUCAGCCUGGGGGGUGAUGGAGCUGAGGCCAUCACCGGUCUGACAGUGGACCAGUAUGGCAUGCUGUAUAAGGUGGCUGUGCCACCUGCCACCUUCUCACCAACUGGCCUCCCAUCUGUGGUGAAUAUGAGCCCCUUGCCCCCGACGUUUAAUGUAGCGUCUUCACUAAUUCAACAUCCAGGCAUCCACUAUCCCCCAAUCCACUAUGCUCAGCUCCCAUCCACCUCACUGCAGUUCAUUGGGUCUUAUAGCCUUCCCUAUGCUGUGCCACCUAAUUUCCUACCGAGUCCCCUCCUGUCUCCUUCUGCCAACCUUGCCACCUCUCACCUUCCACACUUUGUGCCAUAUGCCUCAUUUCUGGCAGAAGGAGCCACUCCUCCCCCACAGGCUCCCUCCCGGGCCCACUCAUUUAACAAAGCUCCCUCUGCCACCUCCCCACCUGGGCAAUUGCCACAUCAUUCAAGUACGCAGCCGCUGGACCUUGCUCCAGGUCGGAUGCCCAUUUAUUAUCAGAUGUCCAGGCUACCUGCUGGGUAUACUUUGCAUGAACCCCCUCCAGCAGGCGCCAGCCCAGUUCUUACCCCUCAGGAGAGCCAGUCUGCUCUGGAAGCAGCUGCUGCAAAUGGAGGACAGAGACCGCGAGAACGAAAUUUAGUAAGACGGGAAAGUGAAGCCCUUGACUCCCCCAACAGCAAGGGUGAAGGCCAGGGACUGGUGCCAGUGGUAGAAAGUGUGGUGGAUGGACAGCUGUUUUCAGGUUCUCAGACUCCACGGGUGGAGGUAGCGGCACCAGCACACCGGGGGACCCCAGACACCGACCUUGAGGUCCAGCGAGUGGUUGGCGCUUUAGCUUCUCAGGACUAUCGUAUGGUGGCAGCUCAGAGGAAGGAGGAACCCAGCCCCCUCAACCUAUCCCAUCAUCCCCACGACCAUCAGGGUGAGGGGCGAGGGUCAGCCAGGAACCCUGCAGAGCUGGCAGAGAAAAAUCAGGCCCAUGGGUUCUACCCUGAGUCCCAUCAGGAACCAGUAAAACAUAGACCUUUACCCAAAGCAAUGGUUGUAGCCAAUGGCAACCUGGUGCCCACUGGAACUGACUCAGGCCUGCUGCCUGUGGGCUCGGAGAUCCUGGUAGCAUCAAGUCUGGACAUGCAGGCCAGAGCCACCUUCCCAGACAAAGAGCCAAUGCCGCCCCCCAUUACCUCCUCCCACUUGCCUUCCCAUUUCAUGAAAGGCGCCAUCAUCCAGCUGGCUACGGGAGAGCUGAAGCGGGUGGAGGACCUCCAGACCCAGGAUUUUGUGCGCAGUGCCGAAGUGAGUCGGGGGCUGAAGAUUGACUCUAGCAUGGUCGUGGACAUUCAGGAGAGCCAAUGGCCUGGAUUUGUCAUGCUACAUUUUGUGGUUGGUGAGCAGCAGAGCAAAGUGAGCAGUGAGGUGCCCCCCGAGCACCCCUUCUUUGUAUAUGGACAGGGUUGGUCCUCUUGCAGCCCUGGGCGGAUGACACAACUCUUCUCUCUGUCCUGCCAUCGGCUACAGGUGGGAGAUGUCUGCAUCUCUAUCAGUUUACAGAGCUUGAACAGUAACUCAGUUUCUCAGGCCAGCUGUGCUCCCCCAGGCCAGCUGGGUCCCCCCCGAGAAAGGCCUGAGAGGAUGGUCUUGGGACCCAGAGAGCUAUGUGACAGUGAGGGGAAGAGCCAGCCGGCAGGAGAGGGCUCCCAUGUGGUAGAGCCUUCCCAGCCUGAGCCUGGUGCUCAGGCCUGCUGGCCAACCCUGAGCUUCCAAAGAUACGGCAUGCAAGGGGAGGAGGCACGGGCUGCGCUGCUCUGUCCCUCUUUCAUUCCACAGGAGGUAAAGCUGUCCAUUGAAGGGCGUUCCAAUGCGGGAAAAUGA